AUGUGUCCCCUGCAGUGUCCCCGGCCAUCUCCUCUGGCCGAUGCCAGCAUCCGGCUUCCGUGUUCCGGUCCCUGUGACGUUGGGACGUACGGGCGCCGGAACUGGCGGCAAAUUUGAAAGUUUUAAAAAAUGUCAUUUUUUUAAAAACGAUUAUUACAUACAUUUCACAUGCAUGUUGUCCCUACUGCUUUGUCCUGUGCCCUGCCUGCAUUUUGACUGUUCUUUCUGCCUGGAAACUGAGAAAUGUCCAUGGCGUCCAAAAAGCGUCCCUUUAUGUCAAAAUCGGUUUUAGACCAGCUAGAGAACAGCGAUUAGUAAAUCAGAACCACUUGCAGAAUUGA